AUGUCUAAGAAGGCAGAUUCACCACAGCGUGGUGGUUUAAUGGUGGAAAAUGAAAACAAUGACAUCAAAGAGUCACAAGAAAAGAAGAGCAGGGGUAAAUCAGGAUCAGCGCUUAGCUACCUCACAGGCCCCAAGUUCCUCAUAUAUGUCAGUGGAGCAUUAUCAAUGUGGGGUGAUCGUAUGUGGCACUUUGCCAUCUCCGUCUUUCUGAUUGAGCUGUAUGGACAUAACUUACUGCUAACUGCCAUCUUUGGGUUAGUGGUGGCUGGUUCUGUGCUUUUAUUAGGUGCUCUAAUUGGAGACUGGGUGGACCGUAACCCAAGAAACAAAGUGGCUCAUGCAUCCUUGUUUAUUCAGAACAUCUCAGUGACAGUCUGUAGUAUUGUGCUUAUGCUGAUAUUCUCCUACAAAAAGUGGAUUGAGCAAAUCUGGGAUGGUUGGUUAACCGUGGUUUGUUAUACGGUGGUGAUCGUCCUGGCAGAUGUGGCAAACCUCGCCAGCACAGCCCUCAACAUUGCCAUCCACAGAGACUGGAUAGUCGUCAUAACCGGCUAUAACCGUGGCCACCUAGCAGGGAUGAACGCCACCAUGCGACGCAUAGACCAAGUGACCAACAUUUUGGCUCCAUUGGCUGUGGGUCAGGUUAUGACCCUGGCCUCAAAUGUGGUGGGUUGUGGCUUCAUCCUGGGCUGGAAUCUGGUCUCCUUGAUUGUGGAGUUUUUCUUCCUCUCUAGAGUGUAUCGCAUUGUACCAGCACUUUCAGUAAAACUGCCCAUAGUAGAGGAGCAGUGCUAUAUGGAGAGGAGAAGGGAAAGGAAGAGUUCACAAGGUAAGAGUUCAUUAAGGCGGACAGCGUCCUUGUCUGAGGACAAGGGUCUGCAGCUGAAGAGGAGUACAAGCCUACCACCAUUUAUGCAACGCCUGCACAGGCUUCUUGGCACCUGCAGGGAGGGCUGGAGAGCUUAUUACAGGCAGCCUGUGUUCUUGGCAGGUCUGGGCCUGGCCUUCCUUUACACCACUGUGCUGGGUUUUGACUGCAUCACCACAGGUUAUGCCUAUACACAAGGUAUCAGCGGAUCCCUUCUCAGCUUGCUCAUGGGCGUCUCAGCCAUGGCUGGCCUGCUGGGUACGGUUGUGUUCACCAAUCUACGCAAACUCUAUGGCCUGAUCAAAACAGGCAUGAUCUCCAGCUGCCUGCACCUGUCCUGUCUGCUGUUGUGCGUGUGCUCUGUGUUUGCACCCGGCAGCCCUAUGGACCUCGGCAUGUUAAAAGAGUCUAAUGCCUCACAAAUGGGAGGGAUAAAUGGUGGAGGACACAGCAGACAUGGAUACAUGAUGCAGUGGGGCAACAACCAGCCUCUGCUGCCUGACCGCUCCUCAAUUCACUGGACCAACAAUACAGUGCUGUUUGAAAAUGCACCAACAGGGCCAGCACCUGAGUCUUACGUGUCGAUUUCUCUGCUGUUCUUAGGAGUCAUCACAGCACGAAUUGGUCUGUGGUCAUUUGACCUGACAGUCACUCAGCUGCUGCAGGAAACCAUCUGUGUGUCUGAGCGUGGCAUCGUAAACGGGGUCCAGAGCUCAAUGAACUACAUGAUGGAUCUGCUACACUUCCUCAUGGUGAUCUCCGCACCACAGCCACAACACUUUGGUAUUCUCGUCAUCAUCUCUGUGUUCUUUAUUACUGCAGGACACAUCAUGUACUUCCUGUAUGCACGGAAGGCUAAAAGGAAAGAGUGCGUCGAUACAUAAAUCCCACUUGUAUGUGACACAAAGCUGCAGACUUUAUGUGUGUCACGCUUGCUGCAGUGAAUACUGAACUACUACAGCUGUCUCAAUGACAGUUCAUUUCAUCUCCAUACCAUCUCCAUAUCCAGCUGCCGGUCUUGUGCCGUUUAUAGGUGUUUAGGCACAGCACCCACGCUACGACUCAGAGACAGGAAACAGUGCCUCCUCCUGGAUGUUGAAGGAAGCACCUGUGACUCUGUGAAGUUUUCUUGGAGCUGUUGUGUUCUCAAAGAGUCAAGAGUGUUCUCUGGUUUAAAGUACCAUACACAAACAUAUAUAGAAAAUCAGGAUGAAUUCUAGGGGAAUUCUCAGUGGAUAAAUAGGACAUGAUCCUUAAUGGAUCUCUGACUCAAGCUCAAAUGUUUGAUCUUUCAAACAACAGAUGACCAAUAAAUACAGAUCUUGAACUUUUCUACCAGCUCUUUCUCUCACUUGUGUUUUAUUCUUGUAAAGGAGGUUUGUAUGCCUCCCACAGUCCAACAUGCCUCCAACAAUGUUUAUACAACAGUCCACUUAUCUCACUUCAAGUGAUGUGUUUCUUCGACUAAACCUCACCUAAGCACACAACUCUUAUGAUUAGGACACAUUAGCAUACAUUUCAGAAUUUACACUACUAUUUUGAAUUAUAGUCAGUAACAGAAACCCCAUGUAAAUAGAGCUAGAGUAUACUGUAUAUGAAAACAGCAUAGAU